AUGGAAGCCACGUCAGAUUGGGAUAUAUUAGAUAAAAUUGAACUUGCCUAUGUUCAAUCAAUUAAACUAAAUUCACCCGUUGGUCUGCCGUUAUAUCCAUCGACCAGAAAACUGUCGUCUACGUCUCAACUAAUCAAUGAACCGAUGAAUAUUUACUCGACACGAUUGAUUACUUAUUUCAAGCAGCUGCCGGAGUUUUAUGAAUUAGAAGAAGAUGACAAGUUAACAUUGAUCAAAUAUAAUUUAUUCGGUUUAAUAUUCAUACGAGCUAUAUUAAUCUAUGAUCCAAUCAAUGACACCUAUCAAGAAUACGGUACAAAUGAUUGUGCAUUGAAUGUUAAAGACUUGAAUAUUUUUGAUUCAGUGAUAGAAAAUGAAAAUGUGCAAAGUGAUACUCCUUCGUAUGAUACUUCCUUGUGUCUGAUGUCGCCAAAGGAUUGGGAUAUAUUAGAUAAAAUUGAACUUGCCUAUGUUCAAUGA